AUGGCAGACGGACUCAACCAGGCUCGCGCAGUGCGAGUAGCCGAACUCAUCAAUGACUACCGCACUCUUCUGCUGCAUAUCUCUCAACAAAACGUGGAAGUACACCCAGACGACUAUUACGAAGAAGGCUACGCCGUACUCCGGGAAUGCCAUACCUCCGCUCAUCGAUUAAUGUCUGCCACCUACCAGCCGUGUCCAGUAACCGGCCAAGGCAAUGCCGAGACAGAAAAAGCAGAACUAAGAAGAGUCAUCAUUGAUAGUAGCGCUCGCCGAUUCCAAGCACACAAGAUCUACCUACGAGCAGCAGCAGCUCGACGAUGGGCUAUGACCCGCUCAAACUCUCUCCGUGGACAGCGACCAACACCCGCUCAUGCCGCCACCUUGAAAGCCGCACAUACCUCCUUGCUACAGGAACUGGCGCGCAUCACAGAUCAACACGUUGUGGCUGAUCUUCGAGCCGCCGAUCAACGAGCAGGUCAUUGGCUUGAUGAUGAUCCUUCCCUAGAGGCCAUUCGACGCUGGAUUGGGGGCCGGUAA